AAUCAUUUGAGUAGAGAAAAAGAGUAAUAUUAAGAAAAUGAAAGACGUCCUCAUGCCAAAUCUUGGGACUAAUGAAUCUCUUUCUCUCUUUAAAGCAAAUUUAAUUAUUUUACUCGUUCAGUCAUUCAGUCAUUCAGUCAUGAUCCUUCUCUGGUCCGUUGCGCGGAUAGACGAGUCGAUGAAACAGAUGAUAGCGCGCUUCUCUACAACCCGAUAUAUUCGCAUGCAGAUAUUGCAAAUGCAUCUUCGCAGCGGUCCGUCCCCGACACCUUGGAAGAUCCUCCUUCGCGGCAUUGUUCUGGCAUGUGUGUAUUAUUAAAAAGAAAAAAAAAUACAUUCACAAUAUACUUGGUACUAUCACGUACUCGUACUCAGGGUGAACUCGUGUAUCCGAGGUAAGUGUGCAAAAUCCAAAGAGCACAUUCUUUUCGCCAGUCCUACUGCUUCCCUUCUUUGCACUCAAUCAUGCGAUUCAUUGAUAACAAUUCGCUUUUAAGAUAUUCGCUCCGUCUGAGAUGCAUGAUCGCACCCCAGAGUACAGGUUUUUAUUCUACAUUUGACCUAAUAUUAACUGGAAAGACAAUUUCCAUUCUGGGAAUUUGCAAUUGCCCAACGCCCUGUCACGGACCUUCUGAAACGCAGGAUAUUUCAAAGUUCUGGUAGAGCCUUUUUGCGUUGCGUCACGAUGACGCAUGCUCGCUGCAACAGACUCUUCUGCGCUCGAAGAAAGUUUGAUGACUUCAGAACUCGCGCUCUCGUCCCACUUGGGUGGUAGUUCCGGUCCUGCAUCCUGGGAUUACUUUCACUUUCAAUUUUCACCUUCGCUGUUCAUCCGGAGUGCUGUGCCGUACCUCCCUCACCCUCCUCCUCCUCCUACGAUCUAAGUAAAACCGCGCAUAUAAGCUCCCGCGCGCUUAUUUCGACGCUUCCAACGUGCACGGUAGAGUCUCUUAGUGAAGCCUCGACUAUAUUCCGUCCAUACGUCUUUAAAUUACGGCCUCUCUCAGCUUCAUAGCACUCCUACCGUCACUCUCGCUAUUUGCGUAAACUUGUGCCUGGCCAAGGUUAACGUAGAGCGCGAAGACGUCCUGCGCGACCCAACGGCUGUUAUUUCAUAUCGCGCGGGUCGUUUGUCUUUCCUGAACUCCCCGGGCUCAUUGACUCCGCCGCUCGACCUAACGGCACUCAACACCGCCGCUCGGAGCCUCAGAGCCUCGGAGUCUCGGAGUCUCAGAGUCUCAGAGCCCGCCACACGUUUUAUACGAAACAAACGCCUUGACUCGACAGUCCGACCCGAACACGUUUACGCUCGGGACAGCCAUACCUCGAAUCGGUGCAUCGCUCAGAACGCUGUUCAGAACGGCUCAGAACGGCUCAGAACUGCUCAGAACUGGUGCUCGCCGCGAGGACGCAACGAGGAAUCCGUUGAUCGCAAGUGCGACAGGGUGAUAGAUACCAGUGUUCCGAGGAAGAGUGAAUAACGCGAGGACCAAAAGUUCGGGAGUCGGCAAGAUGCACGGAGCGAUCGAGCGGCGAAUCAAGAUGAGCCGCGCACUAGCACUGAUAAUGCUGAUGUCAGUUGGUAGGUUGGCCAGCGGGCAAUCUAGAUCGAAUGGCGGCAGAGUGACGUUCGUCGAAUCGAGUUCCGAGGAGCGCUCCAAUCGGCAAGAGGAAGCAGCGCCUCCUGGACCGGAAGGAAGGAGGCCCGACGCAGCUCGCGCCGGUCUUGCAAAUGGAACCCGUCAAGGCAAAGACCUCUUCGACUGGAUUGGCCUCGGCACGGGUCAGAAUGUCGAUCCGUACUUGUCAAAGACGAACCGCGCCUGUCUCGAGGGUGACUUGGCCGAAUGCUUCAAGUCCCGCGCACUGCAAUCCUUCUCCGAGUUCUUUGAUCGACCAACCUACAGUUUAAACGAGAACGUGCGAGUGAUACGCAUGUCCAGCGACAUCGUACAGAACGUAAUUCAAAGUCCUUACGAGUAUUCCGGGGCCCCAAGGGCCGAGGAGACGGAAUGGGAACAGCUCGUUAAAUUUGCCGCAAGGAAGGCCGAAAGGUUCGUGAAGACGGUGGCUUUCGAAGUCUCGGUGCCCAAGUGGGUGGCUGGCGAGAACGAGAUUUAUGCGCCGCGAUUCCUAGACGAAAUCGUUGAUGAGAUCGAUACCAUCGAAAAUAAGAAAGACACGCUCUUCUCUCGCAAUCGAUUGAAGAAGCUCCUCAUUCCGAUGCUCGUGGUCCUUAAGCUAUUUAAGCUUAAGCUUUUGCUAUUUUUGCCCUUGAUUCUGGGCCUGGCAUCGUUCAAGAAGUUCUUGGCUUUUCUCGCGAUCGUGAUACCGGGUCUGAUCGGAUUCUUCAAGUUGUGCAAACCACAAAUACAAAACUAUCAGCCGCCGAUCUACUCGCAAAGCGGACUUGGUUUUCCGCAUUACAAGGAAAACGGAAACACUUUCGUGGGAGAUCAUGGCGGAUAUCGAGAAGAGGACUAUCAUCAAGGCUACACUCAAGGAGACAGAGUGUCCUUCGGGCAGGACCUUGCAUACAGCGGAUACAGAGAGUACGGUUCCUAAGGAAGGAUCCAAUCGAUCCGUACGACUCAUUUCUUAAGCGAUUUGACCGAUCACGUCGGAUGCCGGAGAAUGGAAAAAUGGGAUUCUGCCGACACCGGACUCACAUCUCGUCACUCGUAAACGGUCAAUUAUUAUAUAUUCUCAGAGAGUCGGACUGCUACAGAGGAUCCAGCUCGGUCCGUUAUCCGGAAACUGUACAUAGCUUUGACAUACGCAUUCGCGCACCAAUAAACUCUUCUCUACAUUAGCAUAGA